CUCCCUCCCGGGAAGCGAGGCCCGGCCGCUUCCGGCAGCCGCGGGGCGGGGUAGGCGGAAGCCGCGGAUGUGCGUGCGCUGAGGGGGUGAGGCCGCGCCGGGUGAGGGCGGUGCUGGCACCGCGGCCCGCACGGAUGCACCUGUUUGAGCACUAUGGUCAGGUGUCUUACAAUCACCCAGCUUGAAGGACCUGUGAUGACUUUGAAAUUUGGACCAUCUUGGAUUAUCUGAAGGACUCCAUGUGUGAGAUGUCUGCAUCCUCUUGAGCUUCCCUCUCUCCCAUUGUGGCACCUUGCAGCUCUGGUUAAACCUGUUCUUCAGUUUUGCCUUACAAAGCAAGUUUCUUCAGAAGAGGAAGAAGGGAUUUCACUUCCGCAGUGAAAUUGAUUCCAUGUCAUAUCAAGAGCUUCUCUGUUGUCCUCAAGUUCGUUAUCAGAACAUCUCAUCACAAACCUGCACACUCCUUGUGACAACUGCCAUAGGCUGCAGAAGGGGAUGGGAUGUGACUAGUUCCUGCCCUGCUUGGAGACCUCUGUAUGUGCUUCCAUUUGCCAGUUGAAUGCUGUUUCUUUGCAAGUGUGCUGAGAAACAACUGCAAGCUCACAGUGGCCUUUCAGAGAAGCCAGUGAUUUAUGCCAGCCAUGUCACUAGCUGAAUGGGUCUCACAACCCUUUGACUCUGUGGGCCUUUGUUAGGAGUCACCCUAGGAUCUGUUGACCUCCAACAUUAAUGUUGAGUGUGCUGUGCUUUAAGGUUUUGAGGAAAAUGCAGAGACGGCAUAGCAGCAACACUGACAAUGUUCCUCCUGAAAGAAACCGGAGCCAGACAGUGAGUUCUGAGACCAGCGUGGAUGAAAGUGGAGUCUUUGAAAGUCUGAAAGCUGAAGCUUCCUCACCACAACAGUUGUUCUCAGGCCUAGCAGGCAUCCCCUCAGGCACCAUCACAGCCACCCCGUUCCAGUCAGGUUUGGUCCUGGGCUCUUCAGCAGGAGGUGGGGAAGUAUUCAUUCAGAUGCCAGCCCCAAGGGAGGAAGGGAGCAGUCGAACAGAGGGAGCCCCGUUCCACCACCGGCAGUCAUCCCAUCAUUUCCACCAUGGCCAUCACCGGGGUUCAUCUCUGCUGCACAUGGCAGGAGGGGAUCGCCACGGGCACGCUGAGGAAGGCAGUGAUGAACAAGCUGGAACUCCAGCCCCAGCUCUUUCAGAGUUAAAAGCUGUGAUUGGUUGGCUGCAGAAGGGACUUCCCUUCAUCUUGAUCCUCCUGGCUAAAGUUUGUUUCCAGCACAAGCUUGGAAUUGCUGUGUGCAUUGGUAUGGCCAGCACAUUCGCAUAUGCCAACUCAACACUCCGGGAACAGGUCGCUCUGAAGGAGAAGAGAUCAGUGUUGGUUGUCUUGUGGAUCCUGGCCUUUCUCACUGGAAACACCUUGUACUUGCUCUACACAUUCAGCUCUCAGCAGCUGUACAACAGCCUUAUAUUUCUGAAACCCAACCUGGAGAAGCUGGACUUCUUCGACCUGAUGUGGAUUGUGGGCAUCGCAGACUUUGUACUCAAGUACCUCACCAUUGCACUGAAAUGCCUAAUUGUUGCCCUGCCAAAGAUCAUCCUUGCUGUCAAGUCAAAGGGGAAGUUUUACCUGAUUAUUGAGGAGUUAAGCCAGCUCUUCCGCUCCCUUGUCCCCAUCCAGCUAUGGUAUAAAUACAUCAUGGGAGAUGAUCCAUCCAGCAGCUACUUCCUUGGUGGGAUCCUGAUUAUCUUGUACAGCCUCUGCAAGUCUUUUGACAUCUGUGGUCGUCUGGGAAGUGUCAGGAAGGCGCUGAAGGUCCUCUGCACCCCACAGACCUAUGGAGUUCGUGCCACCAGCCAGCAGUGCACUGAGGCCGGUGACAUCUGUGCCAUCUGCCAAGCAGAAUUCAGGGAACCUUUGAUCCUGAUAUGCCAGCAUGUGUUCUGUGAAGAAUGCCUCUGCCUCUGGUUUGACCGGGAGAAGACCUGUCCUCUUUGUCGUUCUGUCACGGUUGAAACCCUGCGUUGCUGGAAGGAUGGCACCACCUCUGCUCACUUCCAGGUGUAUUAAAACCAUUACAAAUGCAAUAACGUGUGUGGACAGAAGACAAAGCUGGAAAACCUGGUGAUCCCAAGGCCCCUGUUUAGUAGCCCAUGGAUUUAUCUUAGUCUUUCUUCCACCUCUGUUUCUCCAGGAGCCACAGAACAAGAGCUGUUACUAUCCAGAAACUUUAUCCUUGGAGCCAAGGAAGAGGUGGUUUAUGUUAUGGCAAACUCCAUGGCUAAGCUACAGCCAAGAUUUUGUCUUGAACUUACGCGGUUGUAAACUGCCUGGGAUGUUUCCUUUAUUUCUCUCUUUUUAGUAUAGCUAAAUAUUGCAUGUCUAAGGCAA